AUUAUAAUCAUAAUUUAUAACUGAUAUUCUAAUCAAAUACACACUUUACAACAUUACUAUUUAUAAGGGAAGUUGAUUUGAUUAGGAAAAGGAACACGAAUGGUGAUUAAUCAAUUGUUGCCAUGGUAACACUCGCUCUGUGAAGUUUGUUGACAAAGAUAAAACAAUGUUUAGUUUCAAACACUUUCAAUGCUUUACACAUUACAAUAUCUCAUUAAUCUUAGGAUCUUUUGUGAGAUUUGUGAACCAUGGAAUCUGCAGACCUAUUGGCACGUGAAAAUGAGUUCAAAAAGCUCAAUAAACAAUUGGAAAAAAAGACAGAAACACUAAUGAAAGAAAUAGAAGAAGUUAUGCAAAAGCCAGACAUAUUCUCUGACUUUACACGCAAUCUAAGCGGAACUCCUGUACAUGUGAAUACAAGAAGACAUAGCUGUGAUACACCUAAAUUAACUGAGAAGAAUUUCAAGCCAGCUGCGAAGGCCAAGAAGGCAGUGGAGGUGGAAAAGGCCGAAAGCGCAGAUGACACGGGCCUUCAGAAAUGUUCUAGAAACGUCUGCGAUUGGUGUAGCAUUCGCAGUAACAAGAAUGAUGAUUAUGAGUUCCUGUGUGCCUUUGUGUCUGUUAGUGUUAAGGAUAAUGUGUUGCCAAAGUCAUUUCUUAAAGAUAAAAUUACCACAGAGAAAGUAUGCAAGUUCUUAGCAGCAAGAGUGAAGUUAAUGCAGGAGCAGAUAGACAAACUUCAGUCUACCAUAGACAAGAUGGCCAAGAGUUGCGACAACCACAUGUCACAUUUCACUGAUUUGGAGACGGAGAGGCUGUCACUUAUCAACAAGGCGAACAGUCUGAAAUCAGAGACAUCUGACGUUAAGGCGAAGUAUGCUGUACUACAGAAUAAAUUGAAUGAGAAGGAGCGCAUGUACAAAGAACAGCGUAGCACCACGGACAGGCUGACAAACGAGCUUAAGAUCGUCAAGUCAAGGAACGUCAGUGUGGAGGCGAGGUGUGCGGCGCAGGACGAAACUAUUGCAACGUUGAAACAACAACUGGAGAGCGCUAAGACGUCCGAGAAGGAAUUUCGCGAUGCUACCCGAAACCUGUCGACAUCACACGAAACCGCCAUCUGCCGGCUGGAAUGUAAAGUAAAGAAUCUAAACAAACGCAUAGAGAAACAGACAGCGCUCAUAGACAACCUCAAGCGGCAAAACGCUUUGCUGGCCACAGACGCUGCGAUGAAGAUGAUAGAUAUAAAAUAUUCGGAUUUUUUAAAUUCCGAUUUUUAGUACAUAUUUUUUUAAA